CACGACAGGGGUCCUAAGAAGGAGUUUAUUAAGAGAAGAAACGACGAUCGAUACCGGAGUCGAGAGGAUCACGCCAAGACGAAGAAGAAAUUUCAUAGGUUUGAGUCGUCUGAGGACAGCAUCCGCAAUAAUUUUAUCAGAGGCGGCUGGAUGGGUGGACUUGGACUCGGCAUCGAGGCGUAUGUCGGGGAUGGGUCGUGGGAUGCGGAGCUCUCCGCCGACCGCGCUGGCGGCGAGGACGACGUGAGAAGAAGACCUGUGAUAAUCAAUGCCGACGAGGAGGGGGGGGGGGACGGGCAGGUGAGGUGGGAGCCAGGCCAGCUGUCGAGGCUGGCGCAGCGGCAGCAGCGGCAGAGGGAUGAGGAGGACGAAGAGGAGAGGGGGAUGGCGAGGACGCCGAUGCUUGGGCCCGACGCCGUGCUGCUGGUCAUCUGCGCCAACAGGCCCGAGUACCUCGAGAGGACUUUGAAAGCGGUCGCCGAGUACCACCCCGGGAGUUCGAGGGGGGCAUCAUUUGCCAUCCCGGUGGUGAUCUCGCAGGAUGGACCCUCGAGUGCCGUGGAGGAGGUUAUAUCUCGGUUCAAGACGUCGAUGGCGGGACGUGCUCACGUGACUCACAUCCAUCACACCCCUGUCGGACGAGAAAACCGGCCGUACUUCAAGCUCUCCGCGCACUAUGAGUGGGCCCUCAGCCAGGUUUUUGACGAGCUUUUUCAGACCGGCUACAGCUCUGCGGCAGUGGACAAGGUCAUCAUUCUCGAGGAAGACCUCGAGAUAGCGCCGGACUUUUUCGAGUACUUUUCGGCGAUGGCGCCGCUGCUAGAUUCGGACGAGACACUGAUGGCGGUUUCUGCCUGGAACGACAACGGUCAGGCCGCCCACGAUAAUAAGGCGUUAUUCCGGAGCGAUUUCUUCCCGGGGUUGGGGUGGAUGCUUCCGCGAAGGGUGUGGGACGAGCUUGCCGCUGAUUGGCCGGAGGCCUACUGGGACGACUGGCUCAGAGACCCGCGGAGACGGAAGGGGCGUCAGUUCAUCCGCCCGGAAGUCUGUCGGACCUUCCACUUCGGCCAGAAGGUCCCGUUCCGAGAAAUGGACGUGUCGUACCUGAUGCCCGACGCCUUCCGGAGUUGGCUCGACGGUGAAUUGAGGGAUGCCCGAACUGAGACGGUCGCGAAUGUCAAGGCCGGCCGUGCGUUGUCUUCGGUGAGCAGCAACAAAGUGCCGGAGGUGGUGGUCGAGUACGGGAGCGAGCGGGAGUUCGCGUCGCUUGCCCGUCAGCUUGGCAUUAUGGACGANUCUUCGCUUGACGAGCAGGAGUUGGUGGUCGAGAUCACUAUUUCCGCUAUUAUUCUCAGGCGGCGUUUUCUGCGUGUGAACCAAGAAUCGCCGACGAAUCCCGGCUUUCAUAAGAGAGGCCGUCGCGCUUGCCCAUCGCUUUUUUUAUUUUUUCUUGACGAGCAGGAGGUGGUGGUCGAGUACGGGAGCGAGCGGGAGUUCGCGUCGCUUGCCCGUCAGCUUGGCAUUAUGGACGACAUGAAGGCGCAGGUCCCUAGGACCGCCUACAUGGGCGUGGUCUUUCUCUGGGUGGGAGAGACCAAGGUCUACCUGGCGCCGAGAGAGGCCGUGUCUCGGCUGCGGCGAUGAUACGAGCGCUCGUCGCGUAGAUGAAUACGGUGGGCGACGUGCAUAACAUGUCAUACCCGAUUUUCAAAUCUCGAAUAAUUCCACGAGCGAAGGGGAUGUACAAGCGUUUUCGGAUAGUAGAGCUCUCGACGAGACGGUUCCAACGGGGCCCUUUCGCCGCUCGUUUUGCCGUGGAGUAAACGAGCUUUGAAGAUCGCUUUAGGGGGUGGGUGGAAUAUCUUACGUCGCCUACGGUGUAUUCCUCAAGGAACACGAACGCUUCCACUUGUAGGGAUGCAAACUUGAGAGCAUCGAUGUCGCACAAGUGUUUGUGGGGGGAGAGCUUUGAACACGCCGCCGCCGCGGUCGACCCUCUUUCAGUAUCGUUGCGGUUGUUGUUGUGGUUGUCUUAAUUAACAAUAAACAACCGUUCCGGUCUUCCAUCAGUACCUUCUAAUGUCCGUUCUGGCCCAACUGGCGCGGACGCCUUCCUUUCGGGGUCACAAGUGUGUUGGCAAAAAAAAAGCGUUGCCGUCGAGAUUCUGCCCCAAUUCGAUUGUGGGGAACGGGGAGAGUCGUUGGUAGGGUGUUGUGUUUUCUUCUCGUUUGAACAGGAUGGCUGCUCAUCUUGCGUGGGCGCAUAACGUUGACUGCCUUUGUUCUGGAGUUGUUGACUGCAGCACGUCGUAAGGUACUUCUAUUUGUUUUGUACUGUUUCUCAAAUGAAUUGUAAUAGGUGACAAUCUUGUGUGUGGAUGAACUUCGCUGUCCAUCGUUUACUGCAACACAAGCCUUUGUUUGUUUCCGGUAAAGGUGCCCGCCACCGCCGCCUGUGUCUCCUCUGUGAGUGAUGACAAGUAUACCGGGACCGGAUCUCUACAUCAUCAGCCCUUGUGGUCUACAGGUUUGCCUGCCACUC